GUGGGAAAUCGCCCCUUUCUCCACCGCUUUUGUGCAGAGCGACAAAGAGAGUGCUUUCCCGGGGAUGCUCUUCAUGUAGAGCGGAGCUCUUGCGCGCGCCCGCGCCCCCCCCUUCCAGAGUUGCAGGUUGCGGCGGGCAGGCUCUGGAGGCGUUGGGACCGCCGCCGACGGCUCCGUUGAGAGCCGAGCGCUCCAUGCCCUUCGCUGCCUCCUCGCGCGGUGGCUCCCCCGUCCUUCUGCCCCCAAAUGACCCUGCGCGCGGCCGAAUCCUCCGACGGCACCGACAGGGCUGGGCCCCAGUGGGAGGCUGGAGGGGCUGCGGUGGAGCCUUCCGAAGCGGGGCGCCUGGACGUUGCCAUGCGGGAGUUAAGACGCGCAGGAUGGUACUGGGGUAACAUGACUGUUGCAGAAGCCAAGGAGAAAUUACAAGAUACAUCUGAAGGGACUUUUCUGGUGAGAGACAGCUCUCACUCCGAGUACCUGCUUACCAUUUCUGUCAAAACAUCAGCAGGACCUACCAACCUGCGCAUUGAAUUUCAAGAUGGUAAAUUCAGGCUGGAUUCUAUUAUUUGUGUUCGAUCAAGACUCCGGCAGUUUGACAGUGUGGUCCAUCUGAUUGAAUACUACGUUCUUAUGUGCAAGGACAGAAGAACAGUCUCUGAAAUGCCUUCCAAUGGAACAGUCCAUCUUUAUCUGAAUAAACCUCUUUAUCAUUCAACUCCUUCUUUACAACACCACUGUAGAAUAACUAUAAACAGAUACACAAAUGAAAUCCAGGCACUUCCUUUGCCAAUGAGACUGAAGGAAUUCUUGAAAGAAUAUCAAUAUCAGGUAUAAACAUUUCACCUACUCUGCCUCAUUUAAAAAAGAAGAAGAAAUCUUGAGCACAGUUGCUUGAAAUCAAGGUCCUGAUCCUUCAGCUACAAGAGUGUAACAUGUAAGUCACUGUGAAAAUAGUGAGUUCAGACAAUCCCUUUGUUUGUUUGUUUGGUGGAUGGAUGGAUGCAUGGAUGCAUGGA